AUGGGCGAAGCUUUAAACGCAUUGGAAAACGCCUCGCGUCGGGAAUUGCAAGCACUAGCUAAAAAACUGCAAUUGUGCCGAGCCAAUGCCAAGUCGAAUGUAAUCGUGAGCCAUGCGAUGCAGUUCAUGGACAACCACCCAAAGGACGGCGAGCAGCAGGUGCUAGACGCCUUGGGCGGCAGUGGGACCACAGUGUCAGUAACGUCACCUGUGACCACAAAAUUGAACACGAAGAAGGAAGCUGAGAGUCGUAAACAGCCAGAGGAUGAGAGUGAUAAGCAGCCAGAGGACGAAAGUGACAAGCAGCCAGAGGACGAGAGUGACAAGCAGACAGAGGAUCAGAGUGAAAAGCAGCCAGACGAAAAGAGUGACAAGCAGAUAGAGGACCAGAGUGACAAGCAGCCAGAGGACGAACCAGAGACCAAGAGCGCAAGCGCUGCGACUAAUCGGGUGAUGCCUAUGGACAAGGACAAGUCAAAGAGUAAGCACGUUCCGUUUGAUACAGCCACUAUCACGUCCCCUCCUAUCGCAGCGCCGUCUGCUAAGAGCUCGAAGCCUAAUGUGACUGCGUCAUCUUUGCCUAAGAAGUCAUCUACUACUACAGUUAAAACUCAGCCAACGUCUGUCGAGAACAAGAAGGUUGAUGGUAGGAAGAAGGGUACUACGGCUACUACAAAGUCGGCAUCGAUCAGCAAGAAGGUGGAAAGUAAAAAGGAUACUACGGCUACUUCAAAGUCGGCAUCGAUCAGCAAGAAGGUGGAAAGUAAAAAGGCACGUAAGGCUGUGGAAGCUCUUGUCAAAUCUGUAGCUGAUUUGACAUUUGUUGGAGAGUCGCGUGUGCGCUGUUCCACUACGGGACACGAGAUGCUGGCAGACGUGAACAUUAUCAAUAUGUACCUUCACGGCAAGCGCUACCAGAAGGCACGCAACCUCAAGCUCUCCUUUGCAAAGUACGCGCCAAUGUUUGUGGAUCACCCUGACGAGUCAAAGACAGACAUGCUAUGGUGCAAUGUGACGGAAUCGACCAUUGCCCGUGAUGAAAAGCGUGUGCAAGACCACAUGACCGCUCCCAAGUAUCAGAAGCUGUUGUCUAGUUGGAAAAAGCACGAGGCCGCAAUGAAGAAAAAGGAAGAGGAAGAGAAUGAACGUCGGGAAGCUCGCAUUCAAAUGGCAAAGAGGAAGAGACUCGAAGCUGCCAAGGAAAAAGAUGACAACGCGGUAGUGAGUGAGCGGCCGAUGAAGCGAAAGCGUCUAGCUACCAAUUUGGAUAAGUAG